AAUGAGGGCACGUGCGCGCGUGCUCGACGUUUGUGCUGUGUCUGGAGUAAUGCACGACUAUAAAAUUGUUACCGCAGCGUCUCAGAGGGCACAGACCCUGGGGUGGCAGCGGGAGGCUCAGCUGCUGCUUUUACCUUCAAGUUAUACAAAGAGCACGCCUAGAAACCAGGCAAGAUGGGAGACCUGCACGAGUUCGGGAAGGCCGCUCCCUUCCUGCGCAAGUCCGAGAAGGAGCGUCUGGAGGCCCAGACUCGCCCCUUCGACAUGAAGAAGGAGUGCUACGUGGACGACCCGAAGGUCGAGUUCGUGAAGGCCACCAUCAAGAGCAGCGAGGGUGGCAAAGUCACCGUCGAAACUGAAAAAGGCCAGACUGUGACAGUCAAGGAGGACCAAGUCCACCAGAUGAAUCCUCCCAAGUUCGACAAAAUUGAGGACAUGGCCAUGUUGACCUUCUUGAACGAACCGUCUGUGCUGUUUAACCUGAAGGAAAGAUACGCAGCCUGGAUGAUUUACACCUACUCCGGCCUCUUCUGUGUCACCGUCAACCCAUACAAAUGGCUGCCGGUGUACGACCCAAUAGUUGUGGCUGGAUACAGAGGGAAGAAGCGUCAGGAGGCUCCUCCACACAUCUUCUCCAUCUCUGAUAACGCUUAUCAGUUCAUGUUGAGCGACAGAGAGAACCAGUCAAUCUUGAUCACCGGAGAAUCUGGUGCAGGGAAGACUGUCAACACGAAGAGAGUCAUCCAGUACUUCGCAACAAUUGCGGCCCUGGGAGACUCUGCCAAGAAGAAGCAGGAGGGUAAAAUUAAGGGGACCCUUGAGGAUCAAAUCGUCGAGGCCAACCCUCUGAUGGAAGCUUUUGGUAACGCCAAGACCGUGAGAAAUGACAACUCGUCGCGUUUCGGAAAAUUCAUCCGAAUUCACUUUGGUGCCACUGGCAAGCUUGCCUCUGCAGAUAUUGAAACUUAUCUGCUGGAGAAAUCCCGUGUCACCUUCCAGCUCCCAACAGAGAGAAACUACCACAUCUUCUUCCAAAUCCUGUCUCAGCAGAAGCCUGAGCUCCUGGAUAUGCUGCUGGUCACCACCAACCCUUACGACUACCCAUUCAUCAGCCAGGGUGAAAUUACUGUCACCUCAAUCGACGACAAAGAAGAACUGAUGGCAACGGAUAACGCCAUCGAAAUCCUGGGCUUCACCAACGAUGAGAAAAUGAGCAUCUACAAGCUGACCGGCUCCAUCAUGCACUACGGCAACAUGAAGUUCAAGCAGAAACAGCGGGAGGAGCAGGCGGAGCCCGACGGCUCAGAGGAUGCGGACAAGGCUUGCUUCUUGAUGGGAAUCAACUCUGCUGAUCUGCUCAAAGCCCUCUGCUUGCCAAGGGUCAAAGUCGGAAAUGAGUAUGUCACCAAAGGCCAGACCGUUCCACAGGUGUACAACAACAUCGGUGCUCUUGCAAAGGCUUGCUUUGAGAGGCUUUUCUUGUGGAUGGUUAUCCGCAUUAACCAGUCACUGGACACUAAGCAAGCCAGACAGCACUUCAUUGGUGUCUUGGACAUUGCUGGGUUUGAAAUUUUCGAUUUCAACACCUUCGAGCAGCUGUGCAUCAACUUCACCAACGAGAAGCUGCAGCAGUUCUUCAACCACCACAUGUUCGUGCUGGAGCAAGAGGAGUACAAGAAGGAGGGCAUCGACUGGGUCUUCAUCGACUUCGGCAUGGACCUGCAGGCUUGCAUCGACCUCAUCGAGAAGCCUCUGGGCAUCAUGUCCAUCCUCGAGGAGCAGUGCAUGUUCCCCAAAGCCAACGAUCAGACCUUCAAGGAGAAGCUGUACGACCAGCACCUCGGCAAGAACAAAUUCUUCCAGAAGCCCAAGCCUUCUAAGGGGAAACACGAGGCUCACUUCUCCCUCGGCCACUACGCCGGCAACGUGGACUACAACAUCUCUGGCUGGCUGGAGAAGAACAAGGAUCCACUGAACGACUCUGUGGUCCAAGUCUACCAGAAGGCCAGCCUCAAAGUGCUCGGCGCUCUCUUCGCCACCUUUGCCGGUGCUGAUGCAGAUUCCGGUGGGAAGAAGGGCAAGAAGAAGGGUUCUUCUUUCCAGACCGUGUCUGCGCUGCACAGGGAGAAUCUGAGCAAGCUGAUGGCCAACCUGAAGACAACUCACCCCCACUUUGUGCGCUGCCUGAUCCCCAAUGAGACCAAGACCCCCGGUACCAUGGACAACAACCUCGUGAUGCACCAGCUGCGUUGUAACGGCGUGCUGGAGGGCAUCAGGAUCUGCAGGAAGGGCUUCCCCAACAGGAUCGUCUACGGUGACUUCAAGCAGCGGUACCGCGUGCUGAACCCCAAUGCCAUGCCCGAGGGGCAGUUCGUUGACAGCAAGAAGGCCUGCGAGAAACUCAUGGCCUCCCUGGAGCUCGAUGAAUCGCAGUACAAGUUCGGACACACCAAGGUGUUCUUCCGCGCCGGUCUCCUGGGUACCCUGGAGGAGAUGAGGGACGACCGCCUGUCUCUCCUGCUCACGCGCACCCAGGCCCUCGCUCGUGGCUACCUGAGCCGCGUCGAGUUCAAGAAGAUGCUGGAGAGACGCGAGUCUCUGAUCGUUAUCCAGUACAACAUCAGAGCCUUCAUGGGUGUGAAGAACUGGCCGUGGAUGAACCUGUACUUCAAGAUCAAGCCUCUGCUCAAGUCUGCCGAAUCCGAGAAGGAAAUGGCGAACAUGAAGGAGGAGUUCAUCAAGACCAAGGAGGCCCUUGAGAAGUCAGAGGCCCGGCGUAAGGAGCUGGAGGAGAAGAUGAUCUCCGUUGUGCAGGAGAAAAAUGACCUGCUCAUGCAAGUCCAGAGUGGGGAAGACUCCAUAAACGACUCUGAAGAAAGAUGUGACCAGCUGAUCAAGGCCAAGAUACAGCUGGAGAGCAAACUCAAAGAAAUGCAGGAGCGCAUUGAGGAGGAGGAAGAGAUGAAUUCGGAGCUGACGGCCAAGAAGAGGAAGCUUGAGGACGAGUGCUCCGAGCUCAAAAAGGACAUCGAUGACUUGGAGCUGACUCUGGCGAAGGUGGAAAAGGAGAAGCACGCGACUGAGAACAAGGUGAAAAACCUGACCGAGGAGAUGGCCGUGCUGGACGAGAACGUAUCCAAGCUGACGAAGGAGAAGAAGGCCCUGCAGGAGGCUCACCAGCAGACGCUGGACGACCUCCAGGCGGAGGAGGACAAAGUCAACUCCCUCACCAAGGCCAAGGCUAAGCUUGAGCAGCAAGUGGACGAUUUGGAAGGAUCAUUGGAGCAGGAGAAGAAAGUGCGCAUGGACAUUGAGAGGGCGAAGAGAAAGCUUGAGGGCGACUUUAAGAUGGCCCAGGAGUCCAUCAUGGAUUUGGAGAAUGACAAGCAGCAGAUUGACGAGAAAACAAAGAAGAAGGACUUUGAAAUUAGCCAGCUGAACAGCAAGAUUGAGGAUGAGCUUGCCCUAUCCGCUCAACUGCAGAAGAAAAUCAAGGAACUCCAGGCGCGCAUCGAGGAGCUGGAGGAGGAGAUCGAGGCCGAGCGUGCCGCUCGCGCCAAGGUGGAGAAGCAGAGGUCCGACCUCUCUCGGGAGCUCGAAGAGAUCAGCGAGAGGCUGGAGGAGGCCGGCGGAGCCACCUCGGCUCAGAUCGAGAUGAACAAGAAGAGGGAGGCCGAGUUCCAGAAGCUCAGGAGGGACCUGGAGGAGGCCACCCUGCAGCACGAAGCCACGGCCGCCGCCUUGAGGAAGAAGCAGGCCGACUCCGUGGCCGAGCUCGGGGAGCAGAUUGACAACCUGCAGCGGGUGAAGCAGAAGCUGGAGAAGGAGAAGAGCGAGUUCAAGAUGGAAGUCGACGACCUCAGCAGCAACAUGGAGCAGAUCACAAAGUCCAAGGUGAAUCUUGAGAAACUGUCCCGGUCACUGGAGGAUCAGCUCUCCGAACUCAAAACCAAGGACGAAGAAAACAUCCGCACCAUCAAUGACAUCACAGCCCAACGCGCAAGGCUCCAGGCUGAAUCUGGUGAGUUGACGAGGAAGCUCGAGGAGAAGGAGGUUCUGGUCGUUCAGCUCUCGAGAGGGAAGCAGUCCUACACCCAGCAAGUCGAGGACUUGAAGAGGCAGCUUGAAGAAGAAGUCAAGGCCAAGAACGCCCUGGCCCACGCCGUGCAGUCGGCGAGGCACGACUGCGACCUCCUCCGCGAGCAGUUCGACGAGGAGCAGGAGGCCAAGGGCGAGUUGCAGAGGGCCAUGUCCAAGGCCAACGCCGAGGUGGCCCAGUGGAGGACCAAGUACGAGACCGACGCCAUCCAGAGGACCGAGGAGCUGGAGGAUGCCAAGAAGAAGCUGGCCGCCCGUCUCCAGGAGGCGGAGGAGCAGGUCGAGGCGGCAAACUCCAAGUGCGCCUCCCUCGAGAAGACCAAGCAGCGUCUGCAGGGUGAGGUGGAGGACCUCAUGAUCGACGUGGAGAGGGCCCACUCAGCUGCCGCUGCUCUUGACAAGAAGCAGAAGGCCUUCGACAAGGUUCUGUCAGAAUGGAAGCAGAAGUUUGAAGAAAGCCAGGCUGAGCUGGAAGCUGCACAGAAGGAGUCCAGAUCCCUGGGCACAGAGCUGUUCAAGCUCAAGAAUGCUUACGAAGAGACACUGGAUCAUCUGGAAACGUUCAAGAGAGAGAACAAGAACCUCCAGGAGGAAAUUUCAGACCUCACCGAACAACUUGGUGAGAGUAGCAAGAGCCUGCACGAGCUUGAGAAGAACAGGAAGGCCAUUGAACAGGAAAAGAGCGAUAUCCAGGCUGCCCUCGAAGAGGCUGAGGCUUCUCUGGAGCACGAGGAAGGCAAGAUUCUCCGGGUGCAGCUCGAGUUGAACCAGGUGAAGGCAGAGGUCGACCGCAAGAUCGCCGAGAAGGACGAGGAAAUCGACCAGAUCAAGAGGGGCUUCCAGAGAACCGUGGAGUCCAUGCAGGCGACGUUGGACUCCGAGACCAAGAGCAGGAACGAGGCGCUCAGGCUGAAGAAGAAGAUGGAGGGAGACCUCAACGAGAUGGAAAUCCAGCUCAACCACGCCAACAGGCAGGCGGCCGAGUCUCAGAAGCACCUGCGCAACGUGCAGGGACAGAUCAAGGACCUCCAAGUUCAUUUGGACGAUGCCCUCCGCGCAAACGAAGACUACAAGGAACAGGCUGCCAUGCUUGAACGCCGCAACAACCUCCUGGUGGCCGAAGUCGAUGAGAUGCGAUCGGCUCUGGAGCAGACAGAGAAGGCCCGCAAGUUGGCCGAGCAGGAAUUGCUGGGAGCCACCGAGAGAGUGCAGCUUCUGCAUUCUCAGAACACGAGCCUGAUCAACACCAAGAGGAAGUUGGAAGGCGAUCUUUCUCAACUCCAGUCAGAAGUGGAAGAAAGUAUUCAGGAAUCGAGGAAUGCUGAUGAGAAGGCCAAGAAGGCCAUUACCGAUGCCGCAAUGAUGGCAGAGGAGCUGAAGAAGGAGCAGGACACGAGCGCCCAUCUCGAGAGGAUGAAGAAGAACAUGGAGCAGACGGUGAAGGAUCUGCAGCACAGGCUGGACGAGGCCGAGCAGAUCGCGAUGAAGGGCGGCAAGAAGCAGCUGCAGAAGCUCGAGACCAGGGUGCGCGAGUUGGAAUCGGAGCUGGAUGCUGAACAGAGGCGCACAGCUGAGACCAUCAAGGGAUCUCGCAAAUACGAGCGCAGGAUCAAGGAGCUGUCUUACCAGACCGAGGAAGACAGGAAGAACAACCUGCGACUCCAGGAUCUGGUCGACAAGCUGCAGCUCAAAGUGAAGGCUUACAAGAGGCAGUCGGAGGAAGCGGAGGAGCAGGCCAACACAAACCUCUCCAAGUACCGCAAGCUGCAGCACGAGCUGGAGGAGGCCGACGAGCGUGCGGACAUCGCCGAGUCUCAGGUCAACAAGCUGCGCGCUCGCUCCCGGGAUAGCGGUGUUGCCAAGGCUGGAGAAUCAGAAUAAUUCUGAAACCCUUUGCACACAAGCAAUGCAACUCAAGUACAGCACAGUAAUUAAGUUACUGCAAAUGACUUGAUGUAGGAACUAUCAAUAAAAUGGUUUCAAAGUCAA